CUCUCUCGUCAUAGCCGCAGGCAGUCUUCAUCCCGAACUUGAAGCCUACCGUAGUAAACUGCAUCCACCACCACGUUGCCUCUGGCUUCCAUCUGCUCUGUAACGUUACUACUCCAACUUGAAUACUAGUAACGCAGUUGGUGUCCUUGUUCGUUGUCCCAUCACCAUCUCUCCUUCAUCUCUUCAUCCGCAACCUCACCAUCCUUUUCCUCUUCUUCUUCUCGCUUCUCGCACCAAAGAAACAGUCCUUCAAGUCGCCAGAGUCGCUCUCUUGCACUGCUUCCCGCCCGAGUGCAAUUCGGGUCCGUCCGUGUCCUCCGUCGAUUCCAUUCCUGUCCCUCCCUCACCCAACCUUAGGUCGUCGAGCCUGCUUGUCUGCGCCAUCAACUUUCAGCCUGCAGUCGCAGUUUACAGUCCUAGCAACUGAUUCGUUGUUGUGAGGGACUGCCACUAGCUCUACGCUACUGCUUUCCUCGAACCUUCAUACAUCCUGCGCUGUCAUUGUCGACGGCUCGCCGAUCCCUCCAUCCUCGAACUCAGCCGUCACUAUCGCAGGUAAAUCUGGCUGAGCCAGGAGUACCAGUCAUCUCUUUCACAAGGCUCGAGUCAUUGGGAAGAGAGUCUGCAGACAGGAGAUCAGCCUACAAGACUACCUGCGCCAAUUUAUCUGCUCGGCAACUUGUCUACGUCCGACCCUACGACCCAAGUGGUGUAAAUCACUGCACUGAGUGCACCCUCCUUCCCCGUGACGUUCAUUUUGUCCGAUCACGCCGUCACUGCGAAACAAGACUGGACAUCACUCUCUAAAGAUAUCUGAAGAUGGCACAACCAGGCUCAACCGGCGUGCCGGGCCCUACAGGGCGCAGACUCCAUAUUGCCCAUCGUCGCAGUCCUUCUGAACUGACGCCACUUAUGAUGGAACAACUUGCUCUUCAGCAACAGAUCGAACUGCUUCAACAACAACAGCAGCAGAUUGCUGCUACACAUCAGCAAUAUGUCAACAUGGGCAUGAUCCAGCAGCCUUUGCAAGGCAUGCCUGGCUAUUCUCCAGUCCAAGGACAGCCUGGCUUGGGAGGCAUGUCCCCGAACAACAAUAAUUUCCAGUUUCCUCAAAUGCAGCAACAGAUGGCAGUUCCAGGAAAUCCUCCUACCCAUCCUGCCGCUCAUCGUCGCAAUCAAUCCGCUCUACCAGGCAUGGCAAUGGGUCCUCCCCCAGCUCCCUCGUCCGGACAGGCUUACGGCGAAUUUAACCAGCAAGCCAUGGGUCAGAACCGUGAGAAUGCUGGCGGACGUGGAAGAGGGGGUCCUGCACAAGGUGGACAUGCUCGACGCCAUUCACUUGCUCUCCCCGAGGCAAAGAAAGCUGCGGAGCUUGCGGAAAAGAAGAGAACAGCUGCAGGCUUCCAAUUUCCCAUUCCUGGGGCUGCGGGCACAGUCGAAAGCCCUGCUACCGCUACUCCCUCCGAUGACAAACCAGCAACUGCCGGUGGUGCACAAGGACUCGGUCUGCAGCGUGCCGGUAAUGCUCGCGUGAUGGGUCAUAGUCGGAGUCAGAGUAUGGCUUCAGGAGGUGCUCGAGGUGGUGGUGCAGCUGGCCGCGGUGGUGCAGGCGCUGGGUUCCAGUUUCCAGCUCCAGCAGAUGCCGGCGCAGGUCAGGGCAAUCAGUCGGACCUGCAGCGCCGUGGAAGCCAGAGCAGCCACACUAGACAAGGCUCGCGAAAUUUUGACGGCAACUGGCGUCAACAGAACAACCAGCAGAGCAACGAUCAGCAACAGCAGAUGGGUCAAUUCUCCCAGCAACAGGGCAUUGGUGGCGGAGGUUUUCAACCUGGACACCGAGUUCGCGGCUCAAUGAAUCAGUCCAUUGGCUCAAUUAGUGGGUUCCAAUAUCCUGGCCAGCCUCAGCUGGUGCAGAUGCCUCAGGCUCAAAUGAUGAUGCCUCAAAUGUUUGCCGGUCAGCAGUUGAACGCUCUGCAGAUUGCUCAGCUUCAAGCAAUGCAGGGUGCUCAACUGGGUGGAUUGGCCGCAAGCCAACAUGCACCACCUGCGAUGGGCUUGCAGCAACAACAGCAGCAGAGAAAGACUCUCUUUACGCCUUAUCUGCCCCAAGCUACUUUGCCUGCUCUCCUUAACGAUGGUCAGCUGGUUGCCGGCAUUCUCCGAGUCAACAAGAAAAACCGAUCUGAUGCGUACGUUACCACCAGCGAUCUGGACGCCGAUAUCUUCAUUUGUGGUAGCAAGGAUCGGAAUCGAGCGCUCGAGGGCGAUCUGGUGGCUGUCGAGCUCCUCGAUGUUGAUGAGGUCUGGAGUCAAAAACGUGAAAAAGAAGAAAAGAAGAAGCGCAAGGAUAUCACCGAUACCCGGUCCGGGAAUAAUCAGAAUGGCAAGAAUGAUGCCUCUUCUAACGAUACUCAGUCGAUCGCACCGGACGGCAGCAUUCGACGACGUGGUAGUUUGCGUCAACGACCAACGCAAAAGAAGAACGAUGACGUCGAAGUCGAAGGUCAGAGUCUCCUCCUCAUGGAAGAAGAAGAAAUCAGCGACGAACAGAAGCCGCUCUACGCUGGUCACGUUGUUGCUGUCAUUGAACGUGUUGCCGGUCAAAUGUUCUCUGGCACUCUUGGCCUCUUACGUCCGAGCAGUCAAGCCACGAAAGAAAAGCAGGAGGCGGAACGAAAUGCUCGCGAUGGUGGCCACAGCCGGUCCGAAUCCCGUCAACAAGACAAGCCAAAGAUUGUCUGGUUCAAGCCGACCGACAAGCGGGUGCCAUUGAUCGCCAUUCCUACCGAACAAGCCCCUCGUGACUUCGUCGAUAAACACAUGGAUUACGCCAACAGAAUCUUUGUUGCGUGCAUUAAGCGAUGGCCCAUUACGUCUCUCCAUCCUUUUGGUACCUUGGUUGAGCAGCUUGGCGAGAUGGGAGACCUUCGCGUCGAAACCGAUGCAUUACUCCGUGACAACAACUUUGGAUCCGAUGAGUUUUCCGACGCUGUUCUGAAGAGUGUUGGAUGGGACGAUUGGUCCUUGGCGUCUGAGAGCGAAGACUUCCUGGCCGCUCGUCGUGAUCUCCGUGACGAGCGCACUUUCACCAUUGACCCCAAUGGCACUAGCGAUUUGGACGAUGCCAUUCACUUCAAGUCAGUCGAGGACGGAUUGGUCGAAGUGGGAAUACAUGUCACAGAUAUUGCGCACUUUGUCAAGGCCAACUCUUUGGUCGAUCGUGAAGCCAAGAAGCGAGGAACUGGCGUGUAUCUGGUCAAUCGUGCUGUCAACAUGCUACCACCGAAGUUGUCUUCCGGAGUGUGCUCCCUUAUUCCUGGAGAGGGACGUCUUACGGUCAGUGUGAUCUUCAAGGUCAACCCGGAGACUGGAAAGGUUGAAGGCGAACCUUGGAUUGGAAAGACCAUCAUACAAAGUUCUGGCAAGCUGGCUUACCGUGAUGUUGAUGCCGUCAUUAAGGGAGAUGGCAAUGCUGGCUUGCACGGUGCCACGGUCGACGACAUCAAGACUCUCCAUACCAUCGCCAACAAGUUCCGUGAAGCUCGGUUUGGCCACCGCUCCGCCAACAUCUCACCACUUCGCUUGCUUUAUCAGCUUGACGACGAGAACGUUCCAGUUGAGCAGAACAUUUUCAAUACGUCCGCCGCUCAUGAGAUAGUGGAGGAGAUCUGCUGCAAGGCCAAUUUCUUUGUGGCUCAGAAGAUUUUGGCCGCCCUGCCAGAUAAGGCUCUCCUGCGACGACAGGCGCCUCCCAACCCUCGCCGUCUCUUGACAUUCGCCGAUCGCAUGACUCGAGCCGGCUACGAGAUUGACACCACCAGCAGUGGCACCUUGCAAAACAGCCUCUUCAAGGUGGAAGAUCCAGACCUGCGCAAGGGUAUGGAGACUCUCCUCAUUAAGACUCUGCAACGUGCCAAGUAUUACAUUGCCGACCAAGUUUCGGAAGAGCAGCGCCAGCAUUACGCUUUGAAUCUGCCGAUCUACACCCACUUCACCAACCCCAGUCGGCGUUAUGCAGACAUUGUUGUGCAUCGUCAGUUGGAAGCGGCUCUUUCCAACACCGAGUUCACUGAAGACUUGGAGAGCUUGGCUAAAAUGGCUGAGCAGUGCAACAACAAGAAGGAUAAUGCCCAUUCCGCUCAAGAACAAAGUGUGCACAUUGAAUCCUGCCGAAUGAUGGACAAGAAGAGCAAGGAGCUCGGUGGUGACUUGGUCAGCGAGGGCAUUGUCAUUUGUGUUUACGAAUCAGCCUUUGAUGUUCUCAUCCCCGAAUAUGGCUUUGAGAAGCGUGUCCACUGUGACCAGCUACCAUUGAAGAAAGCCGAGUUCCGCAAGGAUGAAAGAGUUCUUGAACUCUACUGGGAGAAGGGCGUGCCCUCGUCUGCAUACGUUCCCGAGGACGAGCGACCCAGAGCUUCGGGAAGCACCAAAGGCACUGGCCCGGCCUCUCGCGAGGCAGAUUCAGCCAAAGAUCGAGCCAAAGAACGAUAUGAAACACAGCGCAAGCAGACCGAGAGCAACACCAUGUCGACUGACGAUGUUGAUGCCCUGUUUGACGACGAGGACAGCACUUCUGAAAUCACCGAGAUGGCGGCUGGAGUUUCUCUCAACUCGUCUGCCGACCGCCCGACUCAGAGCCUUCCACCGUCCCCAAGUCGCAAUGGAGCGUCGGCUCAAGGACCCGCACGCACCCAGUCAGACUCUAGGAUCGCGAAGGCUGGAGGCGACAUUCCAGAAAAUCACUUGACCGACAAGGAGAAGUAUCUGAGCUAUUUCAAACUGAGAGAGGAAGGUGGCGAGCACAUUCAAGAUGUCACUGAAAUGACUAGAGUGCCUGUCAUUUUGAAGACUGACCUGAGCAAGAGUCCUCCAUGCUUGACCAUCCGCUCCAUGAAUCCAUAUGCGUUGUGAUUCUGGAGACCAUGCUGCCGAGAUCCACAACACACCUUUGAGCGAGGAUAGAGCGAACGACAAUGCCGGAGUUCUCUUUUCGGCGAGGCUCUUCUUGCAAACGCUUGGACGGCCAAGAUUUAGCUUGUGCUUGUAUCAACAAUGGUGCAGACACUAUUCGGUGCAGCUUUACAUUGCUUAAGGGCUGAGAAGUUGUGGUUGGCGAGUGUAUGUGUAUCUGGAACCAAGCGACUAGACUGGCAAUGACUCUAGGGUCAUGGGUGGGCUGUAGGAGUGGCCAACAAGUGUGUUUGUUGGUGUCUGUGUACGCUCAACAGGGAUUAUGCGAGCAAGAUGGUGCGUUGUUUUACAGUGUUGGACCAUGAAGAUGCAAACAAGCGAGCGAAAGCUGUAAUACAGGGAUUUUUCCUUUUGUUUGUUUUAGCGCUGUAUUGCAGAAAAAGUUUCUAUUUCAUUGACUAGACUGUCCUGCCACAGUACAACGAUUGUCUGUGUUUAUCCUAUCCUAUCAUGUCUCGCGUGCGUGGUGCUAUGUUGCGUGCAUCUAAGCAGGGGUGAUACGCCAUGUUGGGUGUAUUGCCUGCCAGUGGUUCAAGAUAUGCUGGCAGGUCCAAAAUAUAAUAACCUGUAGUACCAGGGGGGGUAAAGGAAUGCCACUAGGAAACCAACAGUAUAGAGGAAACCAAUGGUUUGGUAGUGCCGUUCCAGUCCGGUUUACUCUCCCUUUGUGAUCCUUUCAAACACUUUGACACCAUAACGGCCCAAAGCACUGGCACAAGCGACGGCAUCAGCACCGACGUGGCGCAUACGGUCGAAACCAUCCUUGUCCUCGACGCCACCGACACCAAUGAUUUGGAGAUCCUUCGUUUCUUGAUGUCUAUCGAACAGACGGCGGAAAGUAGCGACAUUUCCCAGCGCCAACGGAUGCAGCGCCGCACCCGC